AUGAUUGCUCUGCAAGAGACCAAGUGCAGAAGGAGCGACGUACGAAAAAUGAAUGACGGUACAGUCGUCAUUCGUGGAGAGAAGGUUCCGUCGCGAAAUGUAGGCGGUGUUGGUUUUGUUGUGCACCCAUCUGUCGUCUAUCUUGCCGAUUCUCACGAGAUCCUGUCACCACGUCUGGCCAUUCUUCGCCUCCGCCCUUUGCUCCAAAAACCCAUCAGUACCAUGAACUGCUACUCACCAACAUCAGCAACUGAUGAAUCCGAAUUGGACGCGUUUUACGAGGAACUGGGGGAAGUGAUUUGCAGCGAGAAGUCCUUCUACAAAUUCGUUGUCGGAGACUUCAACGCAAAACUAGGAAAGGCCACAGAAGUGGAAUACAAUUUGGACUAG